AUGUCGCGCCGGGCCCUCCGGAGGCUGAGGGGGGAACAGCGCGGCCAGGAGCCCCUGGGUCCCGGCGCCCUGCAGUUUGUCCUCCAUGAUGACGACGAUGUGGAAGAAGAAGGCCCAAAGCGGGGGCCAGGUGGCCGGCGCCCCCGGGGCGCGGGGAAGGAGGGCGUCCGCGUCAACAACCGGUUCGAGUUGAUAAACAUCGAGGACCUUGAGGAGGCGCCCGGGGUGAAUGGGGAGAGGCCCGACGGUCUGCUCGUCGAUGCUGUGGUGUCGGGGAACCAGAGGAGGGCCCAGAGCGGACGCUCAGCGUGCAAGAAGGAUGGCGCUGUGCUGCUGCCUCCAGAGCAGUCUAAUGCAAGUGGCAAACUCCGCAAGAAGAAAAGGAAACAGAAAAAUAAGAAAAACGCUGCAGGAGAAACCUCGGAGAACGGGCUGGAGGACAUCGACCGCAUCCUGGAGCGGAUCGAGGACGGCAGUGGCUCCAGCCGCCCAGGCCCGCCCCCUCUGAGCGCCAAGAAGCACGUCCUGUAUGUGGAGCACAGACACUUGAACCCAGACACAGAACUGAAAAGGUAUUUUGGUGCCCGAGCUGUCCUGGGGGAGCAGAGGCCGCGGCAGAGACAGCGCGUGUACCCCAAGUGUACGUGGCUGACCACCCCUAAGAGCACCUGGCCCCGGUACACCAAACCAGGUCUGUCAAUGCGGCUGCUGGAGUCCAGGAAGGGCGGCUCGGUCUUUGCCUUCGAGCACAGCGAGGAGUACCAGCAGGCGCAGCACCGCUUCCUGGCCGCCGUGGAGUCCAUGGAGCCCAACAACAUCGUGGUCCUGCUGCAGACGAGCCCCUAUCACGUGGACUCGCUCCUACAGCUCAGCGAUGCCUGCCGCUUUCAGGAGGACCAGGAGAUGGCGCGGGACCUCGUGGAGCGCGCCCUGUACAGCAUGGAGUGCGCCUUCCACCCCUUGUUCAGCCUCACCAGCGGGACCUGCCGGCUGGACUACCGCAGGCCCGAGAACAGGAGCUUCUAUCUGGCCCUCUACAAGCAGAUGAGCUUCCUGGAGAAGCGGGGCUGCCCACGCACAGCGCUGGAGUACUGCAAGCUCAUCCUCAGCCUGGAGCCGGAGGAGGACCCCCUGUGCAUGCUGCUGCUGGUCGACCACCUGGCCUUGCGGGCGCGGAGCUACGAGUACUUGGUCCGCCUCUUCCAGGAGUGGGAGGCACAUCGGAACCUGUCCCAGCUCCCAAACUUCGCCUUUUCUGUGCCCCUGGCCUACUUCCUGCUGAGUCAGCAGGCAGACCUCCCCGACCAGGAGCUGAGCUGUGCAAGGGAGAAGGCCUCCCUCCUGAUCCAGCAGGCCCUUCUCAUGUUUCCCGGAGCGCUCAGGCCCCUCCUCGAGCACUGCGGCGUGCGCCCCGACGCUGCCGUGGCCGCACACCGCUUCUUCGGACCCGACGCCGAGAUCAGCCAGCCCCCCGCCCUGAGCCAGCUGGUGAGCCUGUACCUCGGGAGGUCACACUUCCUCUGGAAGGAGCCCGCCACCAUGAGCUGGCUGGAGGAGAACGUGCGCGAGGUCCUGCAGGCGGUGGACGCCGGGGACCCUGCGGUGGAGGCGUGUGAGAGCAGGCGCAAGGUGCUGUACCAGCGCGCGCCCAGGAACAUCCACCGCCACGUGGUCCUGUCUGAGAUCGAGGAAGCCGUUGCCGCCCUGCCUCCGGCUCAGCCCCGUCAGCCACGGAAACACCAUCGCCCUCUUCUUCCGUUCGUUGUUGCCAAACUACACCGUGGAGGGGGAGCGGCCGGAGGACGGAGGGGCCGGGGGUCCGCACCACGACCAGGGCUUGAACAGGCUGAUGCUGGCCGUGCGCGACAUGAUGGCCAACUUCCACUUCCACGACCUGGAGGUGCCACGCGAGGACCACCCCGAGGGCGACGGGGAGUGGGACUGAGGCGCGGGCGGGGCCCCGGCGCUGUGCGGUCACGUUCCGGAUUCUGUGCGGGUCGCGUCAGCCAGGCCCGACCUAGAAGCGCUGCCGUGUUGUCUGCCUGCCUCUGCUCUUCUAUAAACGUGAACGGGGUGCGCUCUGCCAGGCGUCAGCUCUUCUUUCCCGGGGCUGCCGUUGGUGCCCCCAGAUCCGCACAGCCCCCAGGGCUCCCCGAGAGCGUGCCCUGCGGUCACUCACGGCCAAGUCCCAGUCCCAGCCCCGGGCGGGACCUCCCCGCCGCUGCCCUGCCAGCCUGGGGCACUGCAGAGUGCGUCUGUGCUUGCGGUGGGCAGGCUGAGAAGUGUUCUAGAAGCUCAUCUUGGGAGCUCUGAGGGGUGUCCGUGGCAGAGACUCGGGGCCCUUGAUCCAGGGGUGACCAGACCGCGGGGUGCGGAGGGGAAGGCGCGUCAGCUGGGGCGCGGCCUGGCACACUUGAGGGACAGCUCAGAGCCACCCGGGCUGCCCUGACCGAGGAGCCUGUCUGGUUCUGCAAGGAUCUGGGCCACCGAGGUUGUGAGUCCCGUGGGCUACGCUGUCCACUGGGCACCCGCCCAGCCCUGACCUCCACCUGCAGAGGCUGCCCGUGUGCUCCAGGGUGGGAUCGGGGCCCCAGGCCAGUCAUGGUGGCGGGGAGUGUGACCCAGCCGUCUCCUGUCAGCAUCCACCCAAGUCCUGGUCCGUCAGCCCAUCUUCCAGGAAGUCACGGCAUCCUAGCCGUGCUGUGGAGGCCUGUGAGGUCCUCCUUCCAGCUGUUCCCAAGCCGGGGGUGCCUCUGUGCUUUGAACACCCGUGGCAAGGACAGGGCCCUGCAGACGUGGUUACGCCUCCCACCAAGCACUCCCAGCUCCAGACCAAGCCUGCCCUAGAGCUCCAUGGCCCCCACAUGAUGGCCUGUGAUGAACUUCACUCAAUAAGACAAACUGCUGGGGGGUCUUCUGGGAAGGGGUUUGUCCUCUGAAAAUGACAGGCAAACAAGGAGAGCUUGGUACCUUGCUGAAAAUACAUUCUACCUUAAGUACAUUUAGGUGAGGGUGUGAUGUGUGGAGCUACAGCAGCCAUCUUGCAACCAGGAGUCAAACUUUAAAAUGAAGAGCCAGCGUCCUGGGGAUAGUGAAGCAGAGGUUGGGCCCAGGCGAUGAGGAAGCUGCUCCGCGCCAGGCCUGAUGCUCAGCCAUACCGUGCUGGCUGAUGGGGGCGAGAAGACAGCCAGGGCCCUCGUUUCUAGACACCUGCUCUAAAGGCUCAGCUGACCCCUGGGGCCUCACACUGCUUGUGGAUUGCUGAUGGGUUGUGUGCUUUGCCACCAAGUCAGGCCCCACCUCAGGUCUUUAGUGUGGGCACCGA